UGUGGUAAUGAUAGUGAAGAAGAUAUGUUUGGUGACUAUGACAGCUUUUAUGGAAAUGAUUCUUUGUUAGCUCAAGUUGAUAUUCUAGACCUCAAAUGCCUGCAGGAUAAAAAUAUGGAUAUUAAAGCAGCUGGAGAAAUCAUACCUGGAAGUCUUCAGUCAGGAAUUCACCAGAAAAAACAAGAUAACUUUUCUGCUUCAGAAAAUUUGAUUGUUCUUAAAGCUGACAAAGAGGAUGCUUUCCAGAUGAAUGAAAAUGACCCGGUGGAUAGCAACCAAGAACUGACUGAAUCUAUUUUAGAUGACUUGCCAUCAUCACAACUUUUGUAUUUUGAGAAAAUGGAUGAACUUCCUUCUGGUUCUAGAGUAUCUUCAAUCUCAGAAAGGAAGAAUAAAUGUUUGAAUGCCUCCUUGGACAAAAUUGGGAGUCUGUCAUCUUUUUGUCCUGAUGCUGAACACGGGAACAUACCUACUGACUUUUCCUCAGACUCUAAGUGUGAUUUGGUUAAAACUGAGAGUCUUAGAGAUCAUCUGAAAAGUGCUAUGACUGGAAAUGCCAAAGCCCAGACUCUGCAGGUCUCUAAGACCAAACAGCUUAAAGAAGCUGUUUUGUCUGAAGAGAUUUGUGUUGCUAGGAAAACUAUUGAAUCUUCUUCUGUUGAUAUAGGCCCUUUUUAUGGAUUACCUAGCAAAGUUAAAGAUCUUUUCAGACAAUAUCGAGGGAUUGAAAUGCUUUAUGAAUGGCAGCAUGAUUGCUUAAUGUUAGAAUCUCUACAGCAAAGAAAGAAUUUAAUAUAUUCAUUGCCAACCAGUGGUGGAAAAACACUUGUAGCUGAAAUAAUAAUUCUCCAAGAAUUACUCUGCAGGCAGAAGGAUGUUCUGAUGAUCCUGCCAUAUGUUGCCAUUGUCCAAGAAAAGGUCUGGGGUUUAUCAAGUUUUGGGAUAGAAUUGGGUUUCCUGGUUGAAGAAUAUGCAGGAAGUAAAGGAAGAUUUCCACCAAUCAAGAGGAGAAUAAAAAAAUCUCUUUAUAUUGCUACUAUAGAAAAAGGACAUGCUCUAGUGAAUUCCUUAAUUGAAACAAAAAGAAUUGAUGACCUUGGUCUGGUUGUAGUAGAUGAG